AGAAAAAAGAAAGCGUGGCUUCAAAAGGGGCCCUCGGCCUCCCUAGGCCUCAGUUUCUCCAGUUGUGCUGAAGCAGGUUGUCUCCAAGGACCCGCCCAGCGCUAACGCAACGUGAUUCGCUCCGGCAGGAGAAAAGGGGGGUGCUGUGUGUGCUGCCUGCAUUACUGCGCAGGCAUCUGGCUGCAGGCUGGGGCGCCGUCCCCGGGCUUCGGGUGCCUUUCUCCGAGUUGGGGGGCUGCAGGAUAGGACCGUGGCGCCAGACGUGUCGCAGCAAAAGUGGGGGCGCGACCCCAGGCUCGUCGGCCCCGCCCCCGCAGCCCGCGGCCCUGCGGCAGCGGCGCCGAGCUCCGCCCUCCGCCGGCCCGCCUGCCGCGCUCCCUCCGCCUUCCUCCGAGACUCGCUGGCUCCCUCCCCCCGGGCCGGCUCGGCGCUGACUCCGCCGCACGCUGCAACCGCGGCUGGAAGAUGGCGGGGAACGACUGCGGCGCGCUGCUGGACGAGGAGCUAUCCUCCUUCUUCCUCAACUAUCUCGCCGACACGCAGAGUGGGGCAUCGGGGGAGGAGCAACUCUAUGCUGACUUUCCAGAGCUGGACCUCUCCCAGCUGGACACCAGUGACUUCGACUCGGCUGCCUGCUUUGGGGAGCUGCAGUGGUGCCCCGAGAACUCUGAGACAGAACCCAGCCAGUACAGCCCUGAUGACUUGGAGCUCUUCGAGAUCAUUGACAGUGAGAAUGAGGCACUGCUGGCCGCACUCACCAAGACUCUGGACGACAUCCCCGAGGACGAUGUGGAUGCGGGUCUGGAUGCCUUCCCAGGCCUGGAUGGCGGAGAUGCCAUGUCCUGUGUGUCCACUUCGCCUGCCCACUCCUCCGCACCCCCCAGCCCCUCCCUGGGGAGGACUCUGGUAUCGGCGCCUGAAGUGGAUGAGCUCUCACUGCUACAGAAGCUCCUCCUCGCUACGUCCUGCCCCAGCUCAAGCGCUGACACCCAGAAAGAAGGGGGCACCCCCUGCCACCAGGCAGGUUCACGGUCCAAAAGUCAGAACCCUUGUGUCAAGUCGGACGCCACCCAAGACAAGAAGGCCCCUCCAAUGACGUCCCAUGGCCGCAGCUGUACAGAACUGCACAAGCACCUCACCUCUGAGGUGGCCUGCCCCCGGGCUCAUGCCCGGUCCCCACAGAGGGACCUGCGGCUCCCACCCCCGAGUCCCCAGCUCUCUCCCACAGAGGAGGAAGAGCCCAGUGAGGACUGUACAAGCCCCCGGCUGGCUCUGGCCUUUCCCUGUGACUCCCCAGCACCAAGCAGGGUGGGUCCCAGCAUCCCCCCGGCCCCCCAGGAGGACAUGCAGGCCAUGGUGCAACUCAUCCGCUACAUGCACACAUACUGCCUCCCCCCGAGGAAGCUACCCCCAUCAGCCCCCCAACCCUACAGCAGCCCCUCCAAACAGGCCAGGCCCCGGCGCCCCUCUAAAGCCUCCUGGACUGAGUUCUCCAUCCUGAGGGAACUUCUGGCUCAGGACGUCCUGUGCGAUGUCAGCAAGCCGUACCGCCUGGCCACGCCUGUCUAUGCCUCCCUCACACCCAGGCCCCGGCCCCGGCCCCCCAAAGACAGUCAGGCCUCCUCCGGGCACCCAGCCCAAGUGGAGGAGGUGCGGGUAGCAGCCUCACCCAAGGGUGUGGGGCCUAGGCCCAGCCUGCGCCCACUGCGGCUAAAAGUGAAGGGACAGGUCUGCAGGCCAGCCAGGUUACCUCCAGAGGAAGAUGAUGAAGAGGAGGAAGAUGACAGAGACGAGGAAGGGGAGGAGGACGAGGAGGAGGAGGAGUGGGGGCGCAAAAGGCCAGGCCGUGGCCUGCCAUGGACCAAGCUGGGGAGGAAGUUGGAGAGCUCAGUGUGUCCCGUGCGCCGCUCCCGGAGGCUGAACCCGGAGCUGGGCCCCUGGCUGACCUUCACCGAGGAGUCUCUGGGCCCCGAGGAGCCCCAAGAGGCUGUGUCUCCACGACACCUGGGUCCAGAGGCCUAUGCCCCCGACGGGGCCCCAGGCAGCCCCACAGACGAGGACGGCACCCAAGACCAGCAGCUUCUACAGGGACCUCAGAUCCCGGCUCUGGAGAGCCCCUGCGAGAGCGGGUGUGGGGACACGGAUGACGACCCCAGCUGCCUGAGGCUCCCUUCCAGAGACUCUCCCAGGUGCCUCAUGCUGGCCUUGUCACAAAGUGAGCCUUCGUUUGGCAAGAAGAGCUUUGAGCAGACUUUGACUGUGGAGCUCUGUGGUACUGCAGGACUCACUCCACCCACCACACCCCCCUACAAGCCCACAGAGGAGGAUCCCUUCAAACCAGACAUCAAGCACAGCCCAGGCCAAGACAGACCUCCUAGUCUCCCCACCCCAGAGGGCCUCGAGCUUGAGCCCGCUCCCGGGGCUGCCCACAGGCAGCCAAAGAAGCACCCCCAGCGCAGUGAGCUGCUGUCCCACCUGCGUCAUGCCACAGCCCCAUCCACCACCCAGGCUGGUCAGAAGCGCCCCUUCUCCUGUUCCUUUGGAGACCAUGACUACUGCCAGGUGCUCAAACCAGAUGGGGGGGCCCUGCAGAGGAAGGUGCUGAGGUCCUGGGAGCCAUCUGGAGUCCACUCAGAGGACUGGCCCCAGCCAGGCAGCCCAAGGGCUGAAACACAAGCCUCCAGCAAGGAGGAGGACAGGAGCUGUGACGUUGGCACCACCCCCAAGGACAGUGUGCUGCUGAGGGACCAGGAGAUUCGCGCCAGCCUCACCAAACACUUUGGGCUCCUGGAGAGAGCCCUAGAGGACGAAGACCAGGCCUCCUGCAAGAGCCCUGAGUACGACACCAUCUUUGAAGACAGCAGCAGCAGCAGUGGCGGCGAGAGUAACUUCCUUCUAGAAGACUACGAGGAUGAAGAUGAUGAAGAGGACGACUCGGGGAUCAGCCCCCCUCGCUCUGACCACUGCCCCUAUCAGAGCCCACCCAGCAAGGCUGGCCGCCCACUCUGCUCCCGCAGCCGCUCUAGCUCCGGCUCCUCAUCCUGCCGCUCCCGCUCACCAGCCACCCGAAGGACCUUCAGAGUACUGCUUAGCUCUGGCUUCUGGUAGUGCCAGGGAUUGAACUCGGGACCUGGGAACCUUAUAAACCACUAUGCUGUCUUCCAGUCCCCCGAGAGAAGGGGUCUUGGUCAUCUUGUUACCACUCAGCCACCUGCUGGGCACACGUAAGUGUCUGGUCAGCAGGCUGAUGGCGUCAACCCUGGCUCCAGGUGCCUCCUGCUCACUGCCUCCUCCUCCACAGGGAAACUGCCCACUCUGGUGGCCGUAGGCAACACUGUUGGAGGCCAGGUUUGUAAGGUCUGCAGGCCGCACUCCCUGAUAUGGCCCUGCUUGCGCUUCAGAGGCUACACUUGGAAGGCACACCUGCCUCUCAUCCUAUUUUAUAAACCGGGCACUGAGGCUCAGAGGAGGAAUUCAGUAAUAAAACAGAGCAAGCGGCUUUGGAACUGGCUUCUAGGACUGAGCGCUGGUGGGCACUUCCUGAUCAGAUCCACACAGACGGACUCGUGGUUGGAUAUAUGGAUUCUCGUGUUUUUACAGCUGAAACUGAGGGCCCCUAAGUCAACCUGCCUCAGGUUACACAGUGAAGAGAGGGGAGAACGAGACCCAAAUGUAGACCAUCUGAGUGUAGAGCCACAUCCUCACCCUCUGUGCUGUGUCCCAGCAUGCAGAAUGGGAGUGUUGUGGUCCGCAAAGUGGCGCAGUGGAUAAAGCAGUGGACUAUUAGGCAUGAGGUCCCGAAUUCAAUCUCCUGCAGCACAAGUAUCAGAGUGAUGUCUAGUUUUUUCUCUCUCACCUAUCUUUCUCAUUAGUAAAUAAAAAUAUUUCAUUUAUUUAUUUACUUAUUUAUUAUUGGAUAGAGACAGAAAGAAAUUGAGAGGGCUGAGGGGAGAUAGGGAAAGAGACAGAGAGAUACCUGCAGCCCUGCUUCACCACUCAUGAAGCUUUGCCCCUGCAGGUGGGAACCAGAGGCUUGAACCUGGGUCCAUGCGCACUGUAAUGUGUGCCCUUAACUAGAUGCACCAUUGCCUGGCCCCAAUUAAUAACAUCUUAAAAAAACAAACAAACGAACACAGAAUAGGGGAAUGAGGCUAGUGGGGCCAGAAGCCUCCCACACCUCUCUCCUUUCACCUCGGCAGUCUGUUCUCCAGGAGGAAAGGGCAGAGAGCAGACAGGCAGGAAGUUGCAGGCUUGUAGGGUGCAGGGGCCUUCUGGGGCUGUGCCUGCAGAGUGGUUGACCUGCUGGUCCAUUAGGCUUUGGUGGGGGGGUGGGGGGACCGCUGCUGUGAGGGCACAAUCACUAGAGGCCAGUGUGGCCAGAAUGAGCAGUACUUCUUCCAGCCUAGACUUCCCCCACUGUGGCUUACGGUGAAUUCCACAUUGUCUUGGGUAUUUCAGCCGGAAAAUGAGGACUUUAUAAAGUCUUCCUCCAUCCCCCACUGGGGCUUUGUGUCUAUGAUUCUACUGCUUCUGGGGGAAUCUUUUUUUUUUUUUUGCGGGGGGGGGGGGCGGUGAUAGAAGAGGUUAAGAGAAAUUCAGAAAGUGUGAGACCAAAGCUUCCUUCAUUAUGGUGGGGGCUGGAUUUGCACCUGGGUCAUGCACAUAGCAAAACUGUGCAAGAUCCAAAUAAGCUUUUUUUUCCCCCUUUCUAAGAUAGAGUCAGAGAAAAGGGGAGACACCUGCUAUGCAUAGUGCUCUCGUGUGGUGACCAGGGAUUCAAACCCAGGUCCUCAAGUAAGGUAAAGUGCACUCUCCAGGUGAACUAGCUCCUUACCCCAAGGAUUAUGUUUUUCACUAAAUGAAAUAUGAUGGUGAACUGAAAAGAAAAAAAAAAAAAAAAAACUUUUCUACUCCUAGUAGCAUAAGAAGCUAGGCAUUAUGGGCUGUGAUUGGCAAGGUGGUGAUUCCCAGGGAUUUAUCCCAGAGCAAGCAGAAAGCAUGUGUCAAAGUGCCCCAGGCCCUGGGCUGGCGAAAUAGCUCACUUGGAUUGUGUGCUGCUUUGCCAUGUGCAAGACCCAGGUUCAAGGCUGGCCCCUACCACAUUGAAGGAAGCUUUGGUGAUGUGAUCUCUUUUCCUCUCUACCUCUCUGUCUUCCCUAAGCACUCAGACUCACACACAGUCCUGGAACAAGCCUGGCUUCUGUGAGAGGGUCUUCUCAUAGUGACAAGGCUGCCAGCUCGCCCCUGCCCUGCAUGGUCUUGCCUGAGAGUGAGUGCCUCUGCUUUGCUUGUUCAC